AUGAGUACUUUGAGCUGGAACUGUCGUGGCUUGGGUAAUCCACAGACAGUUCAGGAGAUAGUGGACAUGGUGUCCCGUAAGAAACCCGAUUUUGUACUUUUGAUUGAGACUAUGGUGGCCCGGGAUCAUGCAGAGAGGCUACGGGUGAAAAUUGAAUUUGAUGGCCUUUUUUAUGUUGACAAUGUAGGAGUGAGAGGUGGUAUGGCACUACUGUGGAGGAAAAACAAUACAGCUAGUUUACUGAGUUAUUCAAAGAAUCACGUGGAUAUCGAGGUGACUAUGCCAGGGUUUCAAAAGUGGAGAAUGACGGGGUUCUAUGGUUUUGCACAGCGGUGGAGGCGGAAUGAGUCAUGGGAGCUUAUUAGAUCAUUAUCACAUCGAUCUCAGCUACCAUGGGUCAUGAUAGGGGAUUUCAAUGAUUUAUUGUACCAGCAUGAGAAACGAGGAGGGAAUCCGCAUCCAGAGGCACUUUUGCGAGGGUUUGGAGAAACCAUAGAUGAGUGUGGAUUGGCCCAGUUACCAAUGCAGGGGUACCCGUAUACAUGGGAGAGGGGUGAAGGGACUGUGGACUGGAUUGAAGAAAGACUGGAUAAGGUGUUGGUAACACAGGAGUGGCGUGAUGUGGUUAGGGAUGCCAGUGUCUUAAACAUUCUGACCCGACAAUCAGACCAUUCUGCUCUCUUCCUUGGGAUUCUGAAUCUUCGGGAAAGACGGAAUGGAAUGAGACGAAGGUUCCGCUUUGAGAUGGCUUGGCUAUAUGAUGAGGGUUGUAGGGGGGUUGUGGAGAAAGCGUGGUUAGAAGGGAGGAAUAAGGGGCUACAGGGUUGUAUUCAGCUCUGUGGAGACAGACUAUCACGAUGGGGAGGGGAUAGAUUUCAUAAGUUCGGUGAGCAGGCAAUGAAUCUUCGUAAACAGCAACUACGUUUACGAGGUUGUAUGGAUCAUGCAUCAUUAGCAGAAUACCAGCAAUUGGAGGGGUGUCUGGCUCAGAUUGAAAUACAGGAGGAUGCGUAUUGGAAACAAAGGGCAAAGCAGCACUGGCUAAAGGGAGCGGAUGCGAAUACAAAAUUUUAUCACAGACAUAUCUUUACUACGGAACAGACUGAGAGUGAUGCUGAAUUUUAUGAAAAUAUUAUGCCACGGGUGUCACAAGCACAGAAUGAUGACCUGUUACGGCCGUUUGACAAAACGGAGGUCAAGGCUGCGUUGACAGCUAUGUUUCCUGAUAAGGCACCGGGACCGGAUGGAAUGAAUCCAGGUUUUUAUCAGAAUUAUUGGGAUGUGGUGGGUGAGGAUGUGUCAGAGUUUAUUGUGAAUUGUCUGAAUACUCGUUCUUUCCCAACUAAUUUAAAUGAUACUGAUAUAGUUUUAAUCCCCAAGAAAAAGAAUCUGGAGCUAGUCUCGGAUCUCCGACCAAUAGCACUGAGUAACGUGAUUUAUAGAGUUAUGGCAAAGAUGAUCUCGGCCAGGAUGAAGCCCCUUAUGGAUGAGAUAAUAUCUGAUACGCAAAGUGCAUUUAUACCGGACAGAUUAAUAACUGAUAAUAUUUUAGUUGCGGCAGAGGUUGGUCAUUUUCUAAACAGGAAACAGUGUGGUAUGACGGGAUGGGGUGCAUUGAAGUUGGAUAUGGCAAAGGCAUAUGAUCGCAUGGAAUGGUCAUUCCUACGUAAUAUGUUGAGGGCGUUGGGCUUUGAUGAUAGGUGGGUGGAGCUAAUAAUGUUAUGUGUGACCACUGUAUCUUAUAACAUUUUACUGAAUGGUUCUCGCAGUUUGCCUAUUGCUCCGACGCGUGGGCUUAAACAGGGAGAUCCUUUAUCCCCAUAUCUUUUUAUUAUCUGUGCUGAAGGUUUAUCAUUAUUGCUACAACAGGCGCAGUCCCAAGGAAAAAUCCAUGGUUGUAGAGUUGCGAGAGGUGCACUGCCUAUAUCCCAUUUGUUUUUUGCUGAUGAUAGCCUACUGUUUUUCAAGGCAAAGGUUCAUAAGAACACGAGAGAUAAUGACAGGAAUGAUGUGGCACUUAUUUUGGGUGUGGACCAAGCUCCCAACUAUGGGAAAUAUUUGGGGCUACCCUCUUUUAUAGGGAGAAACAAAAAGGCAGCCUUCUCGUAUAUUGAGGACAAGAUCAGGCAAAGGAUUGUAUCCUGGAAUAAAAAACUAUUAACACAGGCGAGCAAGGAAGUUUUAUUGAAAAGUGUGGCUCAAGCUAUGCCUACUUUUUCAAUGAGCGUGUUCUUACUACCAAUGGGGAUAUGUACAGCCAUUGAGCGAACCAUGAAUCGUUACUGGUGGGGAUCUGGGAAUGACCGUGGCAUCCAUUGGAAGGCCUGGGAUAGAAUGUGUAUACCAAAAAAGUAUGGGGGUUUGGGUUUCAAGGAGUUACAUGCUUUCAACCUGGCAAUAUUGGGUAAACAAGCAUGGCGAUUACUCACUAAGCCUGAGUCUCUAGUUUCAAAAGUUUAUAAAGCCAGGUACUAUCCUAAAGGGACAUUUUAUGAGGCGUGUGUGGGAAGUAAUCCAAGCUACUGCUGGCGCAGUAUCAUGGCAUCCCAUGGUAUGAUAUGUCAAGGGAUCAGGAGGAGAAUUGGAAACGGGGAUACAACUUUAAUAUGGGACCAUCCAUGGUUGCAGGAUCAACAUGAGCCAAAGAUUCAAACAGAAAAGCCUAUAUUUUUGAAUGGUGCGACUGUUAAGGGGUUAGUGGACCCGGAGACAUAG